AUGUGGUCGGAAGCUAAUCUUCUUCUUCUCCUAGGCUUUACCCGUGCCCUGUGCCGUGAGAUGGCGUCUCGAUCUAUCCGUGUAAAUGCUCUGCUGCCCGGUUGGGUUAACAGCUCCAUGUGGACUGAUCUCAAGCCAGAACUCCAGCAGGCUUACCUCAAAGAUACGCCUCUUAAUAGAGUAGCGGAUCCCGCAGAGGUUGCUGAUGCCGCUCUGUUUCUGGCGUCCAACGGUUUCGCAAACAACUGCAUCCUCAACCUAGACGGUGGGCUGAGUGCUGCUUGA